GAAGACGCAGCGGGAGAGACCCGCAAUAAAUAGUUGUAGGUUGAUUGACAAGGCUCGUUAUCUCUCCCCCUGCCGUCGCCUGCAGCUCAACUUCUGUUUCUCAUUUGGGAAAGAAAGUGUUGCGCGCUGCAGAGUCUCGGUGGACCCGCAGACUCUCACCCGUGCAGACUCUUUGAACCCCGGGCCGCUCAGGUCACAGAGACGCCGAGAAAGCGGUCAGUGGGUGAACGUGAUGUUAUGAAGGUCGCCGAUGCGUCGAGCUGUUCGUGUGUUUUACGACGGACAAAGAGGAACUUAACUGGAUUACAUUCGCUUUAUUAAACUGUAGGCUUUUGUUGGACUCGGUUCAAGAGGAUGGAGCUGAGGAAAAUUGUGCCAAACCUGCUUGUUCUGUAUGUUGCUGUCCACUUUUCUCAGUCGUCGGAAAUUAAAGUAAUCAAUGUGCUGGAGCUUCAUGAUGUGCGUCAGACAGCAGCAGCUAUAGAGAAUCUGUCUGGAGCUCUGCAGACAGUUGGAGAUCUGUACAUCACCUCCACCUUCAUGCUGCCACCCAAACUCGGAGGCGUUUUAUUCGGUCUCUAUGAUAAGCACAACAACAAGAAAUACCUAGAGAUUGCUGUUGUAGGCAAGAUCAACAAAUUACUGGUGCGAUACUUGCGUUCUGAUGGCAAAGCUCAUACUGUAAAUUUACAAAACCCUGCUCUCGCUGAGGGACGCACGCAGUCACUUAUACUCAGAAUUGGUGGACUAAGACGGAGUCACAUAAACCUUGAGCUCUAUGUGAACUGCCGUUUAGUCGACUCUGCUCAGGGACUGCCUUCAUUUGUGGGACUCCCAUCAGAGGCAGAAUCUGUGGAUGUUCGCACCGGACAGAAGUCUUAUGCCAGGAUACAGGGUUUAGUGGAAUCUGUUAAACUGGCUCUUGGAGGCUCCCUGGCUACUGCUGGUCUCCUCAUUGACUGUCCAUUUCAAGGAGAUUCAGCUAUAAACAACGCAGUGGUCAGUGACAUUAAUGCCAUUCUUGGUGAUCACACCAAAGCUCUGAUUGGACAGCUGAUCAUCUUUAACCAGAUCAUGGGAGAGCUGAGAGAGGAUAUCAGAGAACAGACUAAAGAGAUGUCUCUGAUCAGGAACACUAUUCUUGAAUGUCAAGUGUGUGGAUUUCAUGAACCUCAGUCGCGGUGUCUUCCUAACCCAUGCUAUACUGGUGUAAGCUGCAUGGAGAGCAUGACAUACCCAGGAUAUCAAUGCGGCCCCUGUCCAGAGGGCAUGACGGGCAACGGGACACACUGCCAGGACAUUGAUGAGUGCACUGUUCAGCCCUGUUUCUCUACAGAGUUGUGUGUGAACACAGCUAAAGGUUUCUCCUGUGAGUCCUGUCCUAUAGGAUUCACCGGUCCAACACUCAAAGGGGUUGGUUUGGAAUUUGCCAAAAGUCACAAGCAGCAUUGUGUUGAUAUAGACGAGUGUGCUGAGCUCUCCGGUUCAUGUGUGCCAAACUCAGUCUGCAUAAACACAGUGGGAUUCUUCAAGUGUGGCCAAUGCAAAGCAGGAUUUGUGGGAAAUCAGACUGUAGGCUGUUUUGCAAGGAGGACAUGUGAAACUCUCGGCUAUAACCCAUGUGAUGUCAACUCACACUGUGUGAUGGGACGCAGCAGUGACGUGUCCUGUGUGUGUAAUGUUGGCUGGGCAGGUAAUGGGAACAUCUGUGGUCCAGACUCAGACAUUGAUGGUUACCCUGAUCAACCUCUUCCAUGCAUGGACAAUGACAAACAUUGCAGAGCGGAUAAUUGUGCAAACACUCCAAACUCUGGUCAGGAGGAUACAGAUGGAGACGGCAUUGGUGAUCAGUGUGACGAGGAUGCAGAUGGAGAUGGAAUUAAAAACGUUGAGGACAACUGUCGUUUGGUGCCCAAUAAGGACCAGCAGAACUCUGACACAGACUCCUAUGGGGAUGCUUGUGACAACUGCCCCAACGUACCUAAUGGUGAUCAGCUUGAUACUGAUGGCAAUGGCAAGGGAGACAUCUGUGACACUGAUAUUGAUGGAGAUGGGAUCCCUAAUGUUUUGGAUAACUGUCCUAAAAUACCCAACCCCAUGCAGACAGACAGAGAUGGAGAUGGUGUGGGUGAUGCAUGUGACAGCUGUCCUGAGGUCAACGAUCCACUGCAGUCAGAUAUGGACAGUGAUUUGGUGGGAGAUGUAUGUGAUACAAACAAGGACAUUGAUGGUGAUGGAUAUCAGGACACGAGGGAUAACUGUCCUGAAGUGCCCAACAGUUCUCAGUUGGACUCUGAUAAUGACGGCAUCGGGGAUGAAUGUGACGAUGAUGAUGAUAACGAUGGCAUCCCCGAUAUUCUCCCUCCAGGCCCAGAUAACUGCAGACUCAUUCCCAACCCCAGUCAAAAAGACACUGAUGCCAAUGGAGUUGGUGACGUGUGUGAAACUGACUUCGACAACGAUAAAGUGACUGACCUGUUAGAUGCGUGUCCUGAAAGUGCAGAGGUCACUAUGACAGAUUUCAGAGCUUUCCAGACAGUCAUUCUUGACCCGGAAGGAGAUGCUCAGAUUGACCCCAACUGGGUGGUACUAAAUCAGGGAAUGGAGAUUGUGCAGACAAUGAACAGUGACCCUGGUUUGGCUGUGGGCUACACAGCAUUUAAUGGUGUUGAUUUUGAGGGCACGAUCCAUGUGAACACAGCCACUGAUGAUGAUUACGUGGGCUUCAUCUUUGGCUAUCAGGACUCAUCCAGCUUCUAUGUGGUGAUGUGGAAACAGACAGAACAGACGUACUGGCAGAAUUUACCAUUCAAAGCCUUGGCUCAGCCUGGAAUACAGCUGAAGGCAGUGAAGUCUCGUACCGGUCCGGGUGAGUAUCUGCGUAAUGCCCUGUGGCACACAGGAGACACACCAGGGGAAGUUACUUUGCUCUGGAAGGACCCCAGAAAUGUUGGCUGGAAGGACAGAACAUCUUAUCGCUGGCACCUUUCUCACCGCCCACAGGUGGGAUAUAUAAGAUUAAGACUGUAUGAAGGUACAGCGCUGGUGGCAGAUUCAGGAGUUGUGAUUGACUCCACUAUGAGAGGAGGAAGGCUGGGUGUUUUCUGCUUCUCUCAGGAGAAUGUCAUAUGGUCCAAUCUCGGCUACAGAUGCAAUGAUUCUAUACCAGAUGACUUUAUGCUGUACCACAAGCAGAUAAAAAUGAGGACAUAAUCAUCACCUCAUGUCAAAAGCUGUGUGUUUGUGUGUGUUCAGAGAGGUAGGAAGAUAUCACAAUGAAAGGGUUAGUUCACCCAAAAUAAUAAAUUCUUUCAUUGAUUAUUCACCCUUGUGUCAUUCCAGUCUCCUGAGACCUUCAUUUAUUUUCAGUACACAAAUUAAGAUAUUUUAGAUAAAAUCUGAGAGCUCCCUCAUCCUCCAUUAACGGUAAUGCUCCAGAGACAUUCAAAGUUCAGAAAAGGAACCAAAAUGUUGUCAAAACAUUCCAUGUAACUUCAGUGAUUCAGCUGUAAUCAUACGAAGCUCCAAGAACACUUUUGUGCAUAGAUAAUACUGUAAAUAUGACUGUUUACAGUACAUACUGUAUGUCUUCUCUCUCAAAUCAAAGUGCACAUUUACAAAGGGCACCCUCCCCUAAUGCGCAGUGAAAAAAUUCGAUUUUAUAGUUUUAUUUUUGUCAUACAAAAGUGUUCUUGGAACUUCGUAUGAUUCCAGAUGAAGUCUGAAGUCACAUGAAAAGUUUUGACAAUGUUUUUGGUUACUUUCUGUACUUUGAAUGUCUCGUUGCUGUCUAUGUAGGGUGAGGGCUGUCAGAUUUUAUAUACAAUAUCCUAACUAGUGUUCCAAAUAUAAAGGAUUGGGAAUGAGGGUUUGUAAUUAACAGAAUAUUCAUUUUUGGGUGAACUAAUUAACCCUUUAAAUUAGUUUUUCUUUAUCUUGUGAAAUUUUAAAGAGUAGAAGUGUCAUCAGUUACAAUUGUACACUACACUGCAAGAUUGCAUAGUAAAUGUAUGCUUGAAAUGUUGAGUAUUUUGAUGUGGUAUAGCAAAUAUGUUUACUUUAUAUACUGUAUUUGGGUGAGAGUCAAGAAAUGUUGAAAUUCAACAGGAAUCAACAGGUCACUUAAAUCAAUGACCUGGACUGUGCAUAAUAUACUUCAAUACCACAAUCUAACAUGGCAAACAUGAGGGCUUAAAUACAGGACUGCAGGGAUCACAUGAUGAAAACCACCAAUGACUGAACGAAAAUGAUAAAUAAGAUAAUACUGAGUGUAAACCAGUGAUAAAAUCUGAUGUAAGACUAGAACGUAAGAUAUGAAGAAAACUAUAGGCCAGGGGUGCCCAAACUCAGUCCUAGAGGGCCGCUGUCCAGCAGAGUUUAGACUUUCUUCAACACACCUGCCAGGUAGUGUCUAGUAUAUCUAGUAAAGCUAUGGUUACACUGCAUUUUUCUUCCUUUAGACAUCCAUUCAUACGCACGCGAAUGCAUCAGACCGGAAACGCAAGGUCGUGCGUCAAGUUUCGCAGUUCGCUGUGUUGUAAAGCUGGUGAACUCUGACCUGCGAAAUCGCAUCACAUGAUUGAGUGAGACCAGUCAAAGAUCAAAUCAUGACCUCUCUGGACAGGAUUUUAAAACAUGGACCAAUCGCUUGCUUUUUUAUGUUCAAUCAUCUUGUUUAAUCCCGCCCAUAUUCACAGAGCUGUACAACAGAAUUUCGCACACACAAACUCAAUUGUGACCGCAGCAUAAGAGGUUAAUUAGCUGGUUCAGGUGUGUUUGAUUAAGGUUGGAGGUAAAGUCUCCAGGACACCGGCUCUCCAGGACUGAGCUUGGGUACCCCUGCUAUAGACCAAUCGUUCCUAAUUACAGUCCAAUUCCAAUUCUCUGCCCAUUUUGUGUGUUUUUUUUCUUAGCACACCUGAUUCAGAUCAUCAACUGGUUAACAGAGAAAUCCAUGAACUGAUCCUGGUGUGUCAAAUAAUAGACAUACAAAAUGUGCAGGGGGCGGUCCCCGAGGACCAGAAUUGGGAACCAAUACUCUAGACAGGCAUGGCUGUAAUACUCAUUCAUUCAUCUUUAAAGAGCCCCAAUUAUUUUUGAGAAUGACCUUCCAUGUAGUGUGUAACAGCUCUAAGUGAAGUGAAAAAUCCAGCUUAAGUCUGAAAGUGCACAGUGUUUAAAACUAUUGAUGCAUUUAUAAAAGAGUCGACUCAUAGUCCUUCAAAUGAAUCGUCUUGAUAACGAGUCUUUAGCCGUUUUGGCGUGACGUAGAUAUGAAACUUAAGCCCCGCCCAAUUUUGCGUGCACAUACCUGGGAAAAUUGAAACCUGCGGCCCCGCCCAAUAGCAAAGAAAAAGAAGAAGACGCCGGCCGGUUGAAUCAAGUCAUGAAGACGCUGUGCUCAGCUGGAUAUUACUGGAAGUGUGAGGGAAAGUUAAUGUUAUUUUCCCACCUAAAAAUGGAACUGGGAAGAGUCAGUUGUUGAGGUUUAUUUUUGCAAAAAUACCUCAGCAUUAUAGUCCAGCCUUGUGUUGUUCGAGUGCUUCUGCAAUCUACAUGCUUACAACAGAGCAUUUGUCGGCUGUUUGUUAAAGAAAGUAUCAGAAAAGACUGUUGAUGUAUGGGACUUUAUCAAAACAUGGAUCAGUGGAUCAUGGAUCAGUUUCUUCCUUCAUUUCACAAGUGUAAGUAAGUGCGAUUAAAAUGGCUGCCUCCUUGUUUUCUCUAUCUGGCAAAUUAUGUAUUUAAUUGUGUUUUGUUACUUGUAACCGCUUGUACUGUAUCAGGUUAACUCUUUGUGUUCUCAUAUCGCGCCUAAUGCCAUGUUGAAAACGCGACGCGUGCAGCUUCGUUUAUGGAUUUAAAUGCGUUUGUGAGCUCACGUUCCACUGCCGUUUGUCAUUGCUAUGGCCACCGUCAGCUGCUCUUACACAUGCAGCGGUCAUGUUUCAAAAUAGUUCAGCUUUUGCCGCUGUGUGGAUUAAUACUGAAUAUGCGUCACUGUUUUACUUAUGGUUAAGAAUAGAGCAAUAUGCUGGUGUUUCACUGCAUUGGGCUCACACACAAACCUGCCGACAUCUGUCACUGAAAAUUCACAGUGGGUGGUUGAAAUUACGGGAGUUUUCCAGGAUAAAUUACAAAACGGGAGGGUGGCGGGAGAUGGGUCUGAAAUACAAGAGACUCAGGAAAAACAGUGUUGGCAGCUAUGCUGACACAUACACUAUGCACCCUGACUACUUCAAUAUUGUUGAUAAGCCUUGCUGGGCAUUUCACUCUGUCUCGCGCUGAACGCUGUCGACCAAUCGCAACAGGCGGUCAGCGGUCCAAUAAGUACAGAUUAGCUUCACGCUAAGGAGGGGUUUUGGAACAAAUGAAUCACUGAACGAAUCAAAUGGGAGUCGCUGGGAUAAUUAGGUAAAAAUAAAUGCAUAUUAUAAGACAAUGAAAGUGUUUUUUGACCUUGCAUGCAUAUCAGCCUGUUGUUGGAGACCCUUAAAACCAAAAUAUGACCCUUUUUAAUGUAUAAUAGGGGCUCUGUAAAACUAUUAUUAUUACUAAGCAAUUAAGCGAUCUAUUUUAGGAUUGUAAAUAGAGGCAACAUAUAUGACUAAAUAAGUUCACUGUGAAAUUGAUGGCUUGCAAAUAUGGCUGAUAAGCAAAUCCUGAUGUACUGUACUGUAGUUACAUUAUAUUCAUAUACAUUUGUCUAUGAAAAAUAAGCUCAAUGUUUCGUUUUAAUGUCUUGAUUCUUUUCGUACUUACACUGCGGUUGUGAUUUUGACAGCACAAUCUCACUGUAAUUCGUAACUUUUUAUUUAGUGGCUAAUUCGGAAUGAUUCGUAGUCUCGUUUGUACUAUUUAGUACAACUUACUCAUCCACCAAUGAUGGUUGGGUCACGCCACCUUUUUUUGUACAUUUUCGUAUGACUCAACUCGUAUGAAUUAGCCACUAAACUGACAAAACGUAAAAUAGUUACAUUUUCUCGUGAGAUCAGGCUGGAUUUUGAGGUUAUUUGGUUAAUUUUCAGCCCUAGUACACACUAUGCAUCAAGAAUUUAGUGAAGAAACUUAAUGAAAAAUUUAAAGUCAGGCAUCUUUGUGUGGUGUAGCCCAGAUUUAAGCUAUUAUUAGGUGCUCAGAAAGCUGUGAGGUAAAUGCCAUGGCAGUAUAAGCAAAACAUUGUUCCUAGAACGCUUCAAUUAUUGAUAUUGAGUUAUGAUCGUUAAAGCUAUCCAGUGUAUUCAUUCAGUAUAUGAGAUUUACAUGGGUUGGUUGGCACAGGAUUCAAUUCUGCUUUUUAAAUGGAUGUUGUCACAAAAUGUAAGAUUUGAGUGUUUGUCCUCUUGACCCACAUUAAAUAAAAUCAUUAAAAGGUGUAGAAA